CGCUCCCCCGCCCUCCUUCCGGGAGCGAGGAUGCAGACUCUGAAACUGGCGCUGCUGGGCUGAGGCGGAGGCAGGGGAGUUGCAGCACGCGGCUCGGUGAGUGUGUCUCCUGAGCGCGGAGAGGCGGGGGGAGGCGGAGGACCAGGAGGAGGAGGAGGAGGAGGAGAAGGAGGGGGAGAAUGCCCGGAGCCGCCGCCGCUGCCGCCGCCGCCGCCGCGAUGCUCCCGGCUCAGGAGGCUGCCAAGCUGUACCACACCAACUAUGUGCGGAACUCGCGGGCCAUCGGCGUGCUGUGGGCCAUCUUCACCAUCUGCUUUGCCAUCGUCAAUGUGGUGUGCUUCAUCCAGCCCUACUGGAUCGGCGACGGCGUGGACACCCCGCAAGCCGGCUAUUUCGGGCUCUUCCACUACUGCAUCGGCAACGGCUUCUCCCGGGAGCUGACCUGCAGGGGCAGCUUCACGGACUUCUCCACGCUGCCCUCGGGCGCUUUCAAAGCCGCCUCGUUCUUCAUCGGCCUCUCCAUGAUGCUCAUCAUCGCCUGCAUCGUUUGCUUUACCCUCUUCUUCUUCUGCAACACGGCUACCGUGUACAAGAUCUGUGCCUGGAUGCAGCUCACCUCCGCUGCCUGCCUUGUGCUUGGCUGUAUGAUUUUCCCUGAUGGCUGGGAUUCAGAUGAAGUUAAACGGAUGUGUGGAGAAAAGACAGACAAGUACACUCUCGGGGCUUGUUCAGUCCGCUGGGCGUACAUCCUGGCUAUUAUUGGGAUUUUGGAUGCCCUGAUCCUCUCGUUUCUGGCAUUUGUGCUUGGUAACCGGCAAGACAGCUUGAUGGCAGAGGAACUCAAGGCAGAAAACAAAGAUGAUGGAAAUGCUUAAAGCAGACUAAGGUAGUGUGAGACCACAUCGUUUCUGCUAAGCCAAUAUUCUCUAGAAUGAGCACAAAACAAAUCAAGUAACAGCUAAACAAAUUGAAUAACAGCUUUUGUACAUCAACAUCAAGGAGGAAGACGCUUGGGAGAGAUCGGAGUACAGAGAUGGAGAUGGACGAGAGCGAACAUCUACUUGUCAAAGCACCUUCCCAAUCCAGAUCGGCAGAGAUGGGAGUGAUUUUCUGGAAGGAGAUGCCACCAUGGAUUAAACACCAGCUCAUUGGAAACUAUCGCUGAAUAAGAUCAUAUAACAUUCAUGAGAAAUCACAUUCGGGAAAUAUUUUAAGGAAGAGGAAUAUAAAUGUGCUGGAAUUAACAUGUAAAAUAUAUAUGUACUGAGGUUUGUAAACUGUCCUUUUUUAAUCAAAUUGAUAACAAAAAGCUUUAAUCUUUCAACAUUAUUUUAAAAAAGGCAGUCAAUCCUAAAUUAUUCCUAUCUCAAUAGCCAAGAGGCUGAUCAAGCAUCAUUUACUGAGAAGCGUCUUAGAAAAUGCCUCUGAAUAUUUUCAUAGGAGCCAGGACCUUUGGUUCCCCAUCUCUGCCGUUCAUUUAUUUCACUGUGUAAUUAGUCACAACCACUCAGUUAAGAGAUGUAACAAUUCAAUCUUUUUACCGAGUCUGUGUUCAGUUUAAUCUGUCUGUACAAGUUGUUACUGAGAAAGUGUUUCUGACAUAUACUAAUCCUCCAUCAAGCUGUAUAUUACAGGAAGUACAUCAUAGGUUCCCCAGCAACAUAGAUUUCCUUAUCUUUCAGGAGACAGCAUCAAGGAACUGUGAAAAAUACAGAAAGCUCAUUUUCACCUUGGAUGCUCACAUGUAAUAUAUAGGCUGCUAUCAAACACUUUUUCUAAUUCUCCCUAGUAUACGCAUAGGAGUG